UCGGCAAAGGACCCAGCUUCCGCAGAGACAUGAACUUCUCCACCCCGCCCCACGUGAAGCCCCCCCUGUCGCCACCCGACCCCGCCGCGGCCUUGACGGCCUUCUCGAAGCAGUCCUUGGCCGCAUUGUAGAGGUCGCACAUGCGCGAGUCGAUCUGUUUGUCUCACGACGUGGGAAUGGGCAUCUCAUCCUCGGGCGCGACAGUGGCCGUGUCGGGCGCCCCGGCCGCCUUGGCCGCUCUGGCCGCUGAUGGGAUGGUGGGGUGGGGGAUUCUGCGGCCGUUCUUUGUUCCGUCUGUGGCGGUUUGGGGAUGAAGGCGUGUGGGUCAUCUCGGGCGGUGGCUCGGUCACGACGUCCGCUUCAUGUGCCGUCCCAGCAUCGGUGGAGGCGUCGUCCACGCCACACGUGCGGCCCCGCUUGAGGAAGUCGUCCACGUCCCUCUUGACGGUGCGGAUGUGCUCGAGCAGAGAGGUCACUGAGGGGUCCAACCGGGCGUUGAGCUCAUCGAGGUCAUAGAAGGGGUCCAGGCCAAGCAGCCCUCUGUCGCCCCCGCCCAGCCCGUCAGAGCUGCGGGCGCUGGCGAUGGCGAUGCGCUCGAUGAUCAGACGAGACGCAGCAGGAAAGUCAGACACUCGCAU